CGGGGCUCGCGGGGGCGGGGCCGUGGCGACGCUGGGCGUGCGGGCGCAGAUGGCGGUGGCGCAGGGCGCCUGAGCGGGCCGGGGCAAUGAGUGCCGCCCGGCCCCAAUUCAGCAUAGAUGACGCCUUCGAGCUGUCCCUGGAGGAUGCGGGCCCUGGGGCGGAGCCCAGCGGGGUCGCGCGCUUUGGGCCACUGCAUUUCGAGCGCCGGGCCCGGUUCGAAGUGGCUGACGAGGACAAGCAGUCCCGGCUGCGCUACCAGAACCUGGAGAAUGAUGAGGACGGAGCCCAGGCCUCUCCGGAGCCGGAUGGGGGAGUCAGCACCAGGGAUUCUGGCCGGACUUCCAUCCGAAGCUCCCAGUGGUCCUUCAGCACCAUCAGCAGCGGUACCCAGCGCUCCUACAACACCUGCUGCAGCUGGACCCAACACCCUUUGAUCCAGAAGAACCGCCGAGUGGUGCUGGCCUCCUUCCUGCUCCUGCUGCUGGGGCUGGUGCUGAUCCUGGUCGGCGUGGGACUGGAGGCGACCCCCUCUCCAGGUGUCUCCAGCGCCAUCUUCUUCGUGCCUGGCUUCCUGUUGUUGGUACCUGGAGUUUAUCACGUGAUCUUCAUCUACUGCGCGGUCAGGGGCCACCGGGGCUUCCAGUUCUUCUACCUGCCAUACUUCGAGAAGUGACUGUGGCGCAGCGUGGGCUCCUCCCGUCCACGGGGGCGCCCCUGGGACCCGCGCCCUGUUCCGUUCCCCUCAUCUCAAGGGAAGAGGCUCUCCAGGACCCUCGAAACCCUGGCCACUGGGGAGUUUGCUCAGGAAGUUUGGGGCAUGCAGGCCUGGCCCUGGGAAAGCCGCCCCGCCUGCUCUGUGCCUUAACUUAUUCUCAGGCCCUGCGGCCGCUAGGUCUGUUAUUUCGUGCUAAUAAAGGAGUAAUUAGUUCCACCGGA